GUCGGCGUGGUGGCGUUCCGCCGCAUAUGCUGUCCGUCUUCCGCAACAAGCGAGCCGAGAAAGGCGGCACACAGGGGCCGGAUGGUGACCCCAGGGCCGACCAGGGCGGUCUGGAGCCGAGAGAGCGGAAGAAGAACAAGUCCAAGGAGGCGGAGGGCGGCAUGCCCGGCGUGGACGGCAGCGCUGGCGCCCAGGGCGCGGCCGGAUCUGGAUCCACAGCGCGCACGGCGCUCUCGGUGAACGAUUUCAUCAGCAAGACCAAGAACGGGCAGAGACGGGGCCUGAAGCCGUCAGGCCCGGAGCUACAGGCCUACGCGAGGUACCUCGGCAUCGACCCCGUGACAGACAACGACCUGCUCUGGAUCGCCACCGAGGCCCUCGAGGCGCCGCUGCCCUCGGAGUGGACGGAGCACUUCGACAGCAACGAACAGUGGGAAAAGUACAUGGAGCUGGAAGCAGAAGUCCAGGAGCUGGAGAGAAAGGUGCACAUGCAAAUCUCACACUGGACUGAGCACACGGACGAGAACAACAACCGCUUCUACUUCAACCGGGAGGAGCGGCAGAGCACAUGGACCGACCCGAGGCCCGCCAAGUGCCAGAUCCUGUACCUGCACAUGCGGAUGCUGCGGGUCCUGAAGCACUCCCUCGGCGCCCCGCCCGCGGGAAUGGGGCUGCCGGAGCGGGCCGGCCAGCGCGCAGAGGCAGACGACGUCUCGCAGGCCUGGCCCAGCGUGGGGAGCGACCACUCCGAAAUGGGCAGCCACAUGCCCGAAGCGGAGUCUCCUGGGUUCAGAGAUAAGAAGAAGAAAAAGAAGAAGAAGGACAAGGACAAGGACAAGGACAAGGACAAGGACAAGGACAGGGACCGGGAGAAGGAGAGGCCGAGGGACCAGUCGCCGCCCGCCGGCCCGCCGGGGAAGCUGCGCACCAGCGACCGGGAGGCGCACGCGGGCGGCGUGCGCCCGGCGGCGGGGGCCUUCGGCGGAGGCAUGGGCGGCGGCGCUGCGGCGUCCGACAGCAUGGGCGCCCUUGAGAAGGCCGCCGAGGCCUCGCCCCUGGGCCAGAAUUCUGAGCCCAUGGACGACAUGAAGGCCCGCCAGCGGAAGAAGACCGCCGGCCUCAAGCUGGAGCCCAUCAAGCUGGAGCCGCUCGCGCAGCCGGGGCGCCCGGCGGCGGACGCUGGCGACGACCAGCAGCCCCGCCGGCCGGGGCCUCUGAGCUCGGCGUCCGUGCCGGCGCUGCAACCUUGA